GUGGCGGCGAUGAUACUACUCAUAGCUAUUGAUUCGAUGAUCAACACGUUGAAGCCCAGCACUGUUAUGGUUGGCCAGUUUCUCCAUGCACUGCUCGGAAAGAAGCCCGCCGAACAGAUGAAGAGCCAAGCCGACGAAUACGAUAGGCUCGCAGAGAUCUGGGACAAAGGAACAGUUUAUUUUAAUCACUUUUUUCCGCCCGCUGACGGAGAUGACCCCAAGCGUCACAAACAAAUACCCCGAUCAGCUUUACCAAAGAGGUGUACAGGCGGGCCGCAGCUCUCUUUUUCCCGGAAAACUUCCCGGGCGUGGACAUCGGCAUACCCGUUAAGCUCGGUGACGGCGACUACACCCUCAUCUUCAUCCAGGUGAAGAAUUGGGUCAAUGGAUCGUUGAUUGACUUGAUGAAGACGGAAGCGGAGAGCUCAGCCUACACUGGAGCGGAAUAUCUCGACGAUUUCAACCGGUGCUUUGGCUUGAUGAUGAGUCUGUUUGAGAAGGAUUCACGCAGCAAAGGAUUCGCCGUGUGUGGAGGCCCGAAAUGGGGCAA